AUGAUGUUUUGUUCACGGCUUAGUUCACGGCUACUGACGUGUAAGGAGCAUGCACGGUUUCUUGAAAAUAGACAGUGGUUGCAGGGACUCCUAAAAGAUUUUUCAGUUGAGAAUGUUCUUGGCGUUCCGCAGGCGACUGAUUCGCCUUGCGUUAUGAUUUACGGUUCAUGUGUAGCUGGCACUUCAUUUCAGGACGGUGAUGCCGAUUACGCCGUUGUUUUUCCCUUGAAAUCAUCUGUUUCAGAUUUUGGACCACUUGAAAAGCUAAAAAUAUCGCCCGUUAAGUUUCUUGAUGUUGAACGUGAGCAUCAUAAAAAUGUCCUGUCCUCUAUUCUUGGACACAUAGAGAGGCGGAAUCUUUCGGUUGAGCUGAAGUUUGAGCGAAUAUUUGCAGCCCGUGUCCCUAUUGUGCGUAUUAAGAAAUUGACGAACAAUUCUGCCGAUAGCAUUCGUUUUGAUCUCUCUCUUUCCCUAGAUGGUCUUCGGAACUCUUUGUUGAUUCGCUUGUAUAUGGAGUCGGACCCACGCCUUAGGGCUGGAGCGCUCUACGCCAAGCUUUGGGGUCGUUCACAAAAAAUUCUUGACGCCCGACGAGGAUGGAUUUCCCCCUACGCAUUGACAGUGAUGUACAUUUAUUAUAUGCAGGUUACAGGAAGGACUACUAGCGUCAUUGACGAAAGAAAAGUUGACGAAUUGAUUUCGCUUGCCGCGAUGCAAUUGUCAAGAGAUAUUAGUGUAGAAUCUUCACAAUUUUAUGAGAUGCUUCCGUGCCAAGAGGUGGUUGUAUCUGAGGUUUUGGAUGAUUUACGCGGUUUCUUUGGAUUCUUUGGUGAUUUUCGACAAUUUGAUUUUGAUUCUGACGUUGUCGAUAUUCGAACGCAAAAUAAGUGGUUAUCAAAGGAACAAUGGCUUAAUGAACUGAAACAAUCGGGCGAAAAAGAACGAUGGGAGCUUUUAGGUUACGAAAUGGUCAUGGUGCGCGACCCGUACGAACCUCAUAAUCUGGGUCGUAGCGUAGACUUUUUUCGUGCUGAGGAUAUUCGGGAGAUGUUUCGUUUGGCGUCAGAUGGGAACUCUGAGAAUCUACUAAGUCUAUGA